CCGCCCGGCCUGGCAGGGAGGUCGCCGGCCGCAACAGGCACCUCUCUGCCCUCCCAAGGCCAGCAAGCCCGCGGCCGUCCUGCUCCACACUCGGGCCCGGCCCGACGGCCCCGGAGUCGUCUGGCUGCGGCUGGAAGGGAGCCCGCCCGCGUGCGCGGAACGCGCGAAUGUUGGCGCCCACUGUCUCCCGGACGCAGCGCCGCGCAGACCGUCCGCCCCCUCCGCCGCGGGUUCCACAGCGAGUCCGCGCGGGAGGCGCCAGGGCGGCGGAGGACUGCUUCAGGCCCAAAGGGGAUUGGGCGGCGGCUCUAGCUGGCGGGUCUUGGUUUGCGGAAGGGGCUGGAGUCCUUGCUUCUUGGUGACCCGCGCGAGGCCCGGCCAAUCCCGCCGCCGCCACCCACCCGCAACCGCGUCGGUUGACGGGCGGGUCCUUGGUCGCCGGCCCCUUGCGGAGCACUAGAGAGCGGGGUGGCGUCCGCUCCCUCAAGUCCUCGGUGCCGGGGAAUUCACCGCUCACCACCCCCUGCCCCGCCUUCGGUCCUGCUCGGGGACCAAACCACUGGAAGGCAGUGGCGGGAAAGGGGCGCCUGUGCCGGAGAGUUGAGGGAACAUGAGCCAUUUGCAGAGCUUAUUGUUAGACACCCUCUUGGGAACCAAGCAUGUGGACAGUGCAGCCCUCAUCAAAAUCCAGGAGCGGAGCCUGUGUGUAGCAUCACCAGGUUUUAAUGUAAUGCCCAGUGAUGUCCGAACACUGGUGAAUGGAUUUGCCAAGAACCCUUUGCAAACCCGAAGAGAAGGAUUGUAUUUCAAGGAAAAGGAUUACAGAUGUGUCCGGGCAGAUGAAUAUUCUCUUUAUGCCAAAAAUGAGAACGCUGGUGUGGUUGUGGUGAAGACCCAUCUGUAUCUUCUGGUGGCAACUUACACUGAGGGCAUGUAUCCUAGCGUCUGUGUGGAAGCCACAGAGAGCCUGGGAGACUACCUAAGAAAAAAAGGAAGUUGAGUCAUCAGAGGCCCAUGAAAGACACUUUUAUUGUUUUAGAAGAAAAUUGGAGAGCCUAAAGAAAAAAUAUUUUAUGGUUGAAAAAACACUAGAUAGAAGCCACUAAAAAAGAAGAAUGAAUUAAGGGAGCAAUUUUUAUUACUUCAAGAGAUCCUCUUCUUUCAUUGGAAUUACUUGAUCAACUGUUUUUUUUUAAAUAAGUGUUGGUCAUUGGCAUGGAAUGUGAGAGCACUGAUCAUUUCACAGAGCAUAUCUAUUGGGAGUCUCCUUUCUGUGAGGCUCUUAUACUCCUACACACCUUGCUAAGUAUGCCAAGAAUGCAAGGCUCUCACCACUCUUUAUCCAGGACAUUUCUCAGGGUUAGGUUGCAGCAAGCAACCUUGAAACAUGAAGGGAUGUCUCCCAUCAGGACAAAGAGCAAGCUUGCUUACUGUUUGCUAUAAAAGCAGUGGAGUCCCUGAGCUCAGUGUUCCCCUCCUGUAAUACAACUCCCUGCAUGUGUGACAUCUAUCUGGCCCACAUCACCCCUGUGAGACUUGGGAGAAGGGAUUUCAAAAGCCAUUCAGCAAUGGACCACAAGUCAAGGUAUUCAAUGGACAUUUCACGCUCCCAUUUGCAGGUAUCUGCUAUCAUUUUGAACAUUGGAAAGGCCUUUUCAAAAAUCAACUCAAAAAGAUUUCUGACUCUAACCCUAACUCUCAAUGCACACCUUAGUAAGGCAGUAUGGUCACUAAAUGAACCCUUCCCCAGAAA